AUGGCUACAUAUGAUUGGCUCUUUACCCCAUCUUACCAUAGCUCUCCAGCCCAACCACCUUUGGAAGAACCUCAACUCCAAGCUGUCUCACCACCACCACUCCCAGUAGAGGAGCCACCACAGCAGCCACUGCAGCCACCUCCCGAGCCUCCGAGGCGAAGGAGGAACGCACGCAUGCCCGUGAGAGGAGGACCCCAUUUCAGUUCUCCUCAUGGUUCGAGUUCCUAUCCCCCUAUUCCAGAGGACCCCCAGAUGGGUGGGCCCUCAAACGCGGCACCGGAGGCUAAUCCUCCGCAAGCUUCUUAUGCACUACCUCAGCCGCCUGUGGGUUUUGAUAACCCAAUUCCGACGUACCCAGGUCCUUCCGGGUACAAUCCUUAUGAGAACCCAUCGGGGUACCCCUUGGACUAUGUAUCUCAAGACCCGUACCUUACGGCUGCGCAGUAUCACCACCUUUAUCCUUCUACUUACCCUCCUAUGCAUCCAGCUGGAUACCCGGUUCAGGGUUACCAGUACCCGUCGUACCAGCCACCUCCUCCCCAGCAGCUACAGCAACAGCAACAAACUCAAGAAAUUCUGGAGAGGCUAGAUAAGGUUGAAAACAACGCUAGGAAGAACAAGGAAAGGCAUACUAGUUUCAUGAAAGGCCUUGCGAACCUUAUCAAAGGGAAGAAGAAGUAG